UUUUUCUGACGUUUGUUUUUGCGGUUGUUGCCUCCAACUCUCUUUGGCUUCCUUUGUGCUGAUUGAUUGCUUCAGUUCAGUCAGCGAGAACAUCCACUUGUCAUUAUUUCAUUUACCUGAGCUACCUCUUGCUAUCUAGUAGCUAGUUCCACUUUGGUGUGUACAUUCCCCUCAAGUUUGCUCUUAAUCUUUCUUUGCCUACUCGGUUUCGAACAAUGAAGUUUAUCAUGACAACUGCGACUGUUGCGGCUUUGUUGGUGGCGACGACCCGAACCGUCAGCUCCUUCACGGCCAAAUCAGUACAUGUAGUAUCCAAGCACAGCACCAAGAGAAACUGGUCGGUUCCUUCUGCCACCCAAAAAGUGUUCUUGUCGGCCACUACCGCCGUGGAAACCGAACAACCCAACAGUUCGGCGGCAUCCUCCUUGUACGCUCAAGAAAAUGCCGAAGCUCUGGCAUCGCUCCAAUCUCCCUUUUUGCAAGUCAUGCGCGACCGUGGCUUUUUCCAUCAAUGCACCAAUCUGAUAGAACUCGAUCAAAAAAUGACAGACGGAAGCAUUGCUGCCUAUCUCGGAUUCGAUGCCACGGCCGAUUCUCUGCACGUGGGAUCCCUCUUGCAAAUCAUGAUUCUCCGACACUUGCAACAAGCAGGACAUCGACCCAUUGUAUUGGUCGGUGGUGGAACCAGCAAGGUGGGAGAUCCCACCGGAAAGGACGAAUCCAGAGUCAUGUUGGGCGAAGAAGAUAUUCAACGAAACAUCCAGGGCAUUUCCAAAGUAUUUCAAAAGUUUCUGACGUUUCAAAAAGAAGAUAGUGACGACUUUUCCGAUGCCAUCAUGGUCAACAACGACGAUUGGUUGUCCUCUCUCAAGUACUUGGAAUUCCUGCGAGAAUACGGAACACAAUUCACCAUCAACCGCAUGCUAAGUUUCGAAUCUGUCAAACAACGACUCGAACGAGAGGCGCCCUUUUCCUUUCUAGAAUUCAAUUACAUGAUUCUUCAGGCAUACGACUUUGUCGAACUGUAUCGACGUCAUGGAGCCAUUCUACAGCUGGGAGGAAGCGACCAGUGGGGGAACAUGGUCUCGGGUGCCGAGCUGGGAAGACGAUGUGAAUCGGCACAACUCUUUGCAUUGACAGCUCCACUCAUCACUACCAGCGAUGGAAAGAAAAUGGGAAAGACGGCAGGAGGUGCUGUCUGGUUGAAUCAAGACAAACUGUCACCCUUUGACUAUUGGCAGUUCUGGCGAAACACCGAUGAUGCCGAUGUCAUUCGAUUCAUGAAACUUUUCACGGAACUGCCGCUCGAACAGAUUGCCGAAUUAGAACAAUUGACUGGAGCCGACAUUAACAAGGCCAAGAUUGUACUGGCGGAUGAAGCCACAACGCUCUUGCAUGGAAAGGACUCGCUCAAGAGUAUUCAUGAAACGACAGCAAACAUGUUCAAAGGAUCCGGUGCAUCGACCGAAGGACUCCCUCGUGUCUUUGUGUCCGAAUCGGAUCUCAGUGAUAGUGGCAAAAAAAUAUUGGACUUGUUCGUCGAACUCAAGCUGGCGUCGAGCAAAAAGGAAGCCCGACGACUCAUUGCAGGUGGUGGAGCCCGAUUAGGAGAAACCAAGAUAGAAGAUGAAAUGGCAACUUUGACGCUGGAUGACUUUGAUGAGGGCUCCAAAGAAGUCACGCUACGAGCUGGAAAGAAACGUGCUGGUGUGGUCGAGGUGCAAUAAAGAUACCACUCUAAGAAUGGAAUAAAUACUAGUCUUCAAAACAAUGCAACCCCAGCAACCACUGUGGGUAUUGGCUGUAUCGGUAGUACUGGUACCAGUGGAGGGUAAAUGCAGCUAACGAAAUGCACAAUCAAUCACAGCCAUCUGGAAGCAAGGUAAUCCUCAACAUUCAACCCCACAGUUCUUCCGCCUCCACGUCCUAUUAUAGAUUCACUCAUUCACACUUCCUUUUAAAGCCAUUCAGAUCCGUGCAAGAAGAAGACGUAUUAGGUAACGUGUCUUCACAAUUGGGUCCUCACACUUGGGAGCGGAAGCAAUCGCUGCCCGAGUCCCGAGGAGGUGCUGAUCGAUACUUACUCGAAGCAAUUCACUUUCGUUCAAGUAAUAAACUAGUGAUGAGGUCUUCAGGCUUGGGUUCGGCAGGCAGUCAACGCCCUACGAAGUGCUGGGGAACCAGUGCUGCAGCCAACCGGGCAGCUAGAGCGGUGGCAUUUGUGCUGAUGCCUGUCUCAAGGGGAGAAUAAAAUAAGCCUGGGAUGCAGGGGGAAGAAAUCAUCAGAGCUAGUAAGAGGUAAUGCAGGAAGGUAUAAGUUGAAUUGCUUCUUUUUGCCUAACCAAUGGAACAAAUCAAUCACCGAGCCUUCGGGGACGAGGAUGAAUUCCUUUCUCUGGUUGCCUAAACUCUACUCUGCUGCCUUGGAUGCUCCGCAUGCUCCGGAUGCUUGCUAUCUUGCCAGUGACCGCAGCCUGGCCACUGGCUGCAGCAGCCAGGUAAACAUGAUGGUCAUCACAACCUCUUGCUUCUUAGAGCCCCACGAGUGCCGUACCAUACAGCCUUUGGAGAGCUGGGCGGGGCCAUGAUACGUAGCGAAGUAUUCUUCCACUUGUCUUUCAUCUUUCAUGCUUCCACAAGGUAUCGAUAAGGUAGUCUAGCUAGCUAUGGUGCUUCUGCUUGGAGACUUGGAUGAUGGCUUGGAGCGGUUGUGGGCAGUGUGAACUGUGCUGCUGUACUAGUAGCUGUAUGCACACUGGCAUCUAUGUAUCUGGCAUGGGGUCUGGGAGUUGGGGAUGUCAUGUACUCUUUAGCUCCUUAGUACUUGAGCACUGCAGGCAUUAGCUGUUUACUGCUAAGUAGAAGACCAUUAUGCAACUCAGUGUAGCUGUACUGAUUCUGUGAUUGAGUCAGCCAUAUAUUUUACAAUACAAAGCAC